AUGAUCACAGAAAACUGAUGAUUAAUGACAAACUAAUCAUGUUAUGCUGAUCUUUUCUUUCUAGGGUGUUUCAUCUCCUCCAAAUCCAUUUGUUCAAAUGACUGGUUCUCACAUGCUCCCGAGUUACUAUGGCAUGAGAAGACCUUUCAUUUCAGAGACAGAGUUCUGCUCCUCAACAAAAGCAUUUUCUGCGGACGUUUACCCCUCUUCACUUACUGGGAAAUCUCUCUCGUGUGAUAGCGGAUGCGUGGCUGGUUAUUCGUCUCUCAUAGACAGCUACUAUCCUGAGUCUUUUGGAGAUUAUCGCAGCACUCCUUUCUCUAGUGGAGGAAGCACAAUCUUCUCACCCUCUGCAUUGUCCUCUUUGCUGCCUUCUUACUCAAGUGACCCUUCACAUUACUUACUGGUAAGACGGAGUGGGAGCAGAUCACAGGAUCCCAGAUCUCAUGUGAAUUGUAGUCAGUGUCUGUCCAUAUGAAUCAGUAAAUAAAAUCAAGCGUCGAUAAAUAUUAAUGUAAUAGAGAUGUGUUUGGAUCAGGUAG